AUCUUCAUGCCAAAAGAACUUGUACAGAAAAGUAUCGCAAAGACAAAAAAUUAAAUCAUGGAUCUUGUUUCUUUUCCCUUGAACGAUUGCCACGGAUACUCCGUUAAGUUUUCACCAUUCAUCGAACGAAGAAUCGCUUGUGUAGCUUCAAAAAAUUAUGGACUUUCAGGGUCGGGAUUUCUUUUCAUCCUUGACCUAAGCCCAAGCAAUCACUUAACACUAGCUGUUCAGAGUCAAUGGACUGAUGGGCUUUUUGAUUUGGCAUUUGCUGAAGAUCAUCCUGAUAUAGUACUAACAGCCUCAGGUGAUGGAGGAAUCCAACUGUGGGACUUGAAAACCCCAGAAGUGCCAAAGCUUGUGUGGAAAGAACAUUCAAGAGAAGUGUGUUGCUUGGACUGGAAUCAAACAAGACAGCAACAACUUGUGCUGAGUUCCUCAUGGGACAGGAGUGUCAAAUUGUGGGACCCUAAGGGCACCAAUAGUCUUUGUACUUUCAUAGGACAUUCUGAUCUAGUCUAUAAUGUUUCUUGGUCUCCACAUUUACCGAACUGCUUUGCUUCCGUAUCAGGUGAUCAUACUUUGUGUGUGUGGAACAGCACUAAACCAGGUCAGCCUGUUGUUAAGCUAACAGCCCAUGCAUCAGAAGUUUUGGCAUGUGACUGGUCCAAGUAUGACCGUAACGUCAUCGCAACAGGAGGCGUAGACGGCAGGGUGAGAGCGUGGGAUUUGAGGAACACCAGUACUCCAUGCUUUGAACUCAUUGGGCAUGAAUAUGCCGUUAAAAGGCUGCGUUUUUCGCCCCAUCAAGCACACCUGUUGGCAUCUUGCUCUUAUGAUAUGACAACACGUGUUUGGGAUACACGUCGUCUUCAACCAGAAGUAUUUGCUCAUCAUCGUGAGUUUGUUUAUGGACUCGAUUUUAGCUGCCUAACACCAGACAAAAUGGCGGAUUGUUCCUGGGAUCGUACAGUCUCCAUUUAUACCCCACCGUCUGUGUUGAACACUGUCUAGAGCUGAUAUUAUUUGGCACAAAAUUCGCGCCAAAAAUGAUGGCGGGUAUUCUUACAAGUUUUUGUGCAACUCUCCACAAGUUGUUAUUACCUAUUGCAUAAUUAUAAAAUGUAUUGAGAAUUAUAUUGAGAAUCCGAAUACAAAUAAAUGAAUUUUUUUUUUUU